AGCGUUUGUCAGUCGGCUCACACGACUCAAUAUCCUCUCAAACGCGUAAGAUAUUCCAUUGGAAUUAAUGCCACGGAUAGAGGCAUGAGGAAGUAUAGAACUUUUACGGUGUAGGUUCUGAAUGGAUCCUCUUGCUCGCACCGCAUUGUAGAAAAGUCAAACGUAGUGGUGACACACUUGUACGAAAAGAGCCACCUUGUUGAUCUCUUUAGCCGCGACACUUGAAAUGAUGAGGCACCCCACCGAGACGAACACCACGACCGCGCAAAGGUAGUUGGCCGCACAAUAGAAUUCACUCACGCGAUUCUACUACGCCUCCGAUUCAGCACACUCUCUCCCGCAAUAUGUCCGACUUGGAGCAGCUGGUCAAGCGGGUGUUGAAUAACACCAAGGACGGCACGAAAAAGUUGAAGGUGGAGGAAGCCGUGAAGGCGUUGGAGCGAUACGACGUGGACGACGAUGCCAUCGAGACCUUCACCGUAAACUCGGGCCGUAUUAACACUGCCGAGGUGUUUGAGAAAUUCGCGAUCUUUUGCAAAAAGAAUUGUGCCGAGAAACCACUGGCCCAGCGUACCUCGCUGCUUGCGGAUGCCGCCGGAGAACCGUCUGCGAAGCGUGCGCGCACCACCACGUCGCCCGGUCGUGCCGCAGUCGCGCUUGGCGGAACAACUGCGAUUGGCGCAACUACAGGUAGCGCCGGGGCGCAGCAGGCCGGUGGGUCAUCUUCGAGCACCUCGAACAGCUGGGGCACAGGCAAGAAGCAGGAAAACACAUCCUCGUAUUCGCAACACGUUCCGACGCCCGUGCGCGGUGGUGUUUCCUCCGGUCUGAACCCGGACCGGUCGGCCCUGCGCACGUCUGCUGGAGCGGUAGUUCUUGGAACGGGGGGCGGCGCAGCUGCACAGAGCAACAAACCACUGCCCCGCGCAAUACUGCGGGGCUGCACCAGCAUCGAGAAGCAACCCCUGCAGGCAGUAAUACCGACCGGUAUGGAAAGUCGCUUAACGUUCCACGACUCACUGCCGUCUAGCUUUCACAAGGAACCCGUUGCAAUCGAUACAGACUAUCCGCAAAGGACUCCAGGUUUGUGUAUUAUAGUGUUUUGCCGUCGAUCUCGAUGUCAUUCCGGCAUUUUAAUCCGGCAACUGCAAAUGAGGGGCUUAUGGUCGGCUUUGAUACAUAUGAAAAUCAAAAAAUGUUGUUUAUGCUUCGAGCGUUUCCGUUUUCCUUUUCGGUUCAAUGAGCAUCAUCCUGAACAACCACAAAACCAAACUGCAGUUGAGUACAAUUUUCUCGACCUGAAUGUCGAGCGGCGCGCCCUUGCGACUAAUGCCAGGCUUGAAGACAUGGAAAGCUUGAUGCGCUUGCGCAUCGCUGAAGACGACGAAAACGUGCAGAGAGGUGUUGCCUAUGUUUUGAUUCCAUUGGGUACAUCAACUUCUACUUAUUGUUCAUCGAAGAUGAUGCAGCCGUGCACUGAUUUCCUAAUUUAGACUUGCCUCAUUUUUAGCGCAGCCAGCUUUGGCAUUCGCAUUGGCUUCCUCUUAUGCCGGAGCCGGACGCAAACGAUCAAAAUUAAUUGACACCAGGGCAAGUUGGCGAGGUGCAGCAAGUUACGCAGGAGAUAUCUGUCGUCGGAAGGAUACUUUGUGAUGAGGUAUCCUGUGUUAUUCAACAUUGUAGGAUUUUCAACAAUUCUUUUUUUCUUGCCUCACGUGCAAAAGAUAAAUUCAAUUUUUUGACGGCCGACUCUUCAUUAAAAUCCGCAGGAAGCCACCAGUUCGACGACCGCGGCGAGCAAGUUGAACGAGAGCAGUUUGCUACUCGAAGGCAGCCGCAGCGAGUCCAACGGACAGCGCAUGUACUUCCUCACGCAGGACUGCGAUCGCGUUUCCACGUUUCCCGGACAGAUAGUGUACACAGACUUUGUUUCCGCUUGAACUACUAUGAUCCUUCUAUAUCUUCAAUCAAACGGCUCUACAAGACCAUGGAAGCGCCAGGACGGCCAAGAACGAAACUUUCCUAAACAGGUAUGCCGUGGGACGCGGUGAGAAAGAACGACUGCACGCAAAUCGCUUCAUCGGUGGCGUGCCGGUUCCCGCGCGUGAGCUGCCGACCUCCAACUCUGCGGCCCCACCGGUGCACAUCCUUUGCGCGAGCGGGCCUUUUUCCAAGCGCAGCGAGCUGAACUACUCGUGUCUGCGGUCGGUGUUGCAAUACGCCCUCGCUGCAAAACCACAAAUGGUAUGACGGAUCUCUGAAUUGGAUUUGUAAGAGGAAUACUUGCAGCUACUUCUAUCCCUUAUUUCCGAGAUGCGAUUCCGUUUCCGAAUGUAAUGGGUCCGUGCAAGUAGAUGUCUGGUUGAUUUUGCAUGUUACUAGGUAUUACGAGCGACAUUGCUUUUUCCCAGAGUUCGAUACCAUCCUGCAAAACGUUAUGCACCACGGAAUAGCAGCACCCUUUCACAGCCCAUCGUGCGUGACGUUUUGCAGAGAUGCGUAAAGCCAUCGUGCAUAACCUUUUGCAGCACGCAACUACGUAGAUUAUUUGCAGCACGUUAAUAUUCUUGCUGAACAUGCUUGCACAGAAGCGCACCAACAUACGCUGCACAGGUUAUCCUUAUGGGUCCUUUCCUCGAUUGUAACAAUACGGUCGUUCGAGAAGGCGGCGUAAUGGGCGAAGAGGGUCAGGAGGACCUUGACCCGGUGGACCUGACGGAGUCGUUUCUCCUACCCAUUCUCGAGGACGCGACUGCCAAGCUCAAGGAGUCCGGCUGCGAGUUGGUCAUCGUGCCGAGCCCAGACGAGGCCACAUUUCUGUUUGCAACGCCGCAGCCACCGUAUCCGAGUUUCUUUCUCAGCGAAGGUUGGUUUCGAUUGCAAGAACUGGGGGCGCACCUAGUACUCGAUAUUGAUUUUGUUUUCCUACUUUUUCCGCAACUUUCGCUUAGACGACGCACCCGCAUUCAUGAGGUAAUAUGUUUUGCUGUUGUGUUGAGGUUGAAGAAGAAAAAAAGUAAAUUUUGAAAACCACACUUCCGACCACGCGACUGUGCAGGUUCCCAAUCCGUGCUUCCUGCGCAUCAACAACUCGUUCACCAUCAGCUGUACGACGCAGGACCCACUUUCGCCCCUGGUUCGCUCCUUGCUGACCCGGCCGGAGCCGGAAUCCGGUGGCAAGCUGGAAGAGGUGAUGCGCCACCUGCUGCGCCAGCGCUCGUGGUUUCCGCGCGAUGGCGUGGAGAAAAGCAGUAGUGUCAAUCAGGGGAUGCAGCAGCCGCAAAGCAACAUCGACGUUGCGCGUCGGGAGAGAUAUGAGUUUAUUCGGAAAACAAAAAACGGACGGGUUCUCUCCGCGCAGGAGGUCGAACACGAGCAGGCCGGCGGAGACCAAAAAUUGGAAAGAGCAGUGGCCGAGGAUGUUGACAUUGCGGCGGAGAUCGAGGAUUGUAUUCCCGACAUCUUGCUGUUCUAUUCGAAUGUGGGGAGGGGAUUCCUAGCCAAUUUUGUCGAGGAUCGGCUCUUUGUCAAUCCCGGACCCUGUUCGAAGACCGGCCAGCACGGGACCUUCGCCGAACUGUUUGUGCAUCCAAGGGAGAAACAGCUUGCUCGGGUGGAGAUCAAAAAAAUUCCGGACCAGUUGUAGGAGGGACGGGCAACUGGUGGUGAUAAAUGAUAUAUGAUAAUGAAAAGCCAAGAAAACCGUUCGUAUCGGUUUUCGUAUACGCCCCAAAAUGCCGCUCACGCAGCUGGUCGACAUGAUUGUAAAUUCAAGACGACGCAAACACGCCGGGCUGUAUUUCGGCGGAGCACAUUCAUUCUAUACUUUUAUCAUAGAAAGUGAACGUGAAACCGAACCCCACUACCGCUGGGAUCUUCGUGAAGAAUCUAACGCCAACAACUACAUCGGUGUGCAGUGUGGCCG